AGCCUGAAAUAUACAAAAGCUUUUAGAAAGUCUCCCCACAGAAGAAUCCAAUUAAAUUCACAUAAUUAAUGCACACAUUUAGAUGAGCUGUAGAUAAAAUAGAGCUCUUUCUCCCUCUACCAAAAGACAGGAAAAGUCCGAUUUAAUACUCAUUCUUGUCUCCAUACCAGUAUUAUAAAGCAGUUUCACCAUAUUUCUUUUAAUCAGUAUAUGAGUAGGACUGUGGAAAGUAAAAGAUUUUAUUUAUAUUUUUAAAAAAAUGAUUAAGAAGUUCUGAUAAAAACUAUUUGGGAGGGGGAUGCUUGUGCACUGCUGACUUGGCUCUGGUUGUGAUUGCUUUGUGUAUGAGAUUGUUAGAACACCUCCAGCAUAUUCAGAGACAGCCUAAGUGACUGUGGAAUGCCUCAAGGGCAAUAGAAAUCAAAUAGAAAUAGGUACCAACUCAAGUCUUAAGUGAUGACGGAGGUGCAUUUCAAGUACCAUGGGAAUCUCACUGGGCGGGCCCAUUUCCCUACCCUGGCAACAGAGGUUGACACUACUUCAGAGAAGUAUUCCAACCUGUAUAUGUAUGUGGGCUUAUUCCUGAGCCUCCUGGCCAUUCUCCUCAUCCUGCUCUUCACAAUGCUCCUUCGGCUCAAACAUGUCAUCUCACCCAUCACCUCCGAGAGCACAGAAAGCGUUCCUCAAUUUACAGACGUAGAGAUGCAGAGUCGAAUCCCCACUCCUUAAAGUCAGGAAGAAAGUGAGCUUUAAAGGAUCUCAGUGAACCCUUGUAUGUUGAUGUCCAGGAAAGCUGACUUUGUUGCAUGUAGCUUCCCAUGUAGGGAAUCAACAAGUUGUUCACUUAACAAGUUGUUCAUGUUUUCUCUGUUAUUCUUUAUCUUGACUCUGCUUGUGGGAUAUCUAAGAGGUUUGACUCAUUCCUUGCCAGGAAUAUAGGAAAUGGCAGCUGGUUGGGAGGGAGGUUUCCAUGGUAACCAAAGAGCGCCUGGGCCUUGAGCAAACCUCAGACUGCAGAAAUUCACAUGCAGCUGUUGUAAAAAACACAUGACCCUGGAGGCUCCAAGAACAAGGAAAAUUUGCCUUUGAAAGGGCUAAUUGUUCAAAGAGGGUAUCCCAAGAAAGGAACAAGUUUUAAUUUAGCAGUUGGACCCUAAAGAAUCACCUCUGCUUACAUGAAGUUAAAUCAUGUUGGAGGUUAAUGGAAGGGACCACAAGCCCUUUCCCAAAGGAGCAGUGAUUUUAUCAUCUGUGGCCAUCGGGUUUGUCCCAAAUGAAAGAAGAGUUCUUAAAAGAAACUGUUUCAAUUUAAAGAGCAAGUUUACAAAAAGAAGUUUCUAGUCAACAAACUCAUCUAGAGAGGGAAAAUGUGCAUUUUAUAUCUGUGUUAUUACUAUUACUGGACUUUUAAAAACUCAGAUAAUGGCCGAUGUAUUACAAAAAUCUGGAACAAUGAGCUCCCCCCGGACCAAGGGAAAAUUAAGUCAAAAUGUGCUUAUGAUAAUGAACCUUAUAUUAUACGUGCAGCUUCUUUGCCUUUUUCUCCUUACCCAUCAUGCUCCAGGAUUGAGUUGCACUCAAAUAUAAGCUUUGUUUAAAGAUGGCCUCGGCAGGGCUUACCUGGUGGUGCAGUGGUUGAGAGUCCGCCUGCCGAUGCAGGGGACACGGGUUCGUGCCCCAGUCCGGGAAGAUCCCACAUGCCG